AUGGCGAAGGUGGCAUUGUUAUUAUUGUUAUCAUUGAUGGUUUUUCACUUGGUAUUUACUUAUGUUCAGCUGGUUGAACAAGACUCUGAGGGACAAUGUAAUUCAGAAUGUAAAACAAUAGAGCGUGCUUGUCAAGAUGUCAUGGACUAUUCUGAUACGGAUGUGGCAGAAUAUCUGUACAAACACAAUCCAGAUCUUGAUUCUUUGAAAAGUUUCCUUUGCAAGGAUUUGACUAAAGCUUGUAGUAAGGCACCACCUUCAGUUCCUAAGAAUAGAGCCCCAGGAGAACCUUUUGUUUCUAAGUCCUCAAAAGAGGCUGAAAUGGAAAAGCUAAUGAGAUCCAUGCAGGGUAUGCCUGGAGCCCCUGGCAUGCAAAUGUAUUCCAGGGAAGAUUUGAUGAACCAAAAUUUUGGUGAUGAAGAUGCUGAUGACGAUGAUGAUGAUGAUGAAGGCGGCUUUCCCUCAAAGCUGGGGAAGGUUCUUAAAGGAAAAGAAAGUAAGAAGAGUGAUUGGAAGCAAUGGAUCACUAAAGGGAUUCAGGAUACAAGUGAGGCUCUGAAGACUCACGCUAACAGAGUGUCCCACAGGAUGAGAAAUUGGUGGGGAGCAAAGAAAGCACAAUGGAAGAAGAAUUCCAAAACCAGCAAGGGGGAGCUAUAAUGAUGUGCUAUGCUCUGCAACAUGGCGGAAGGUUUUGUCCUCUCUUUUUUCUCCCCUUCCAAUGUAGUCUGAUAUUGACUAGAAAAGUAACAAAAAGCUACGCACAAAAGAGACUGGAAAUUUGUAAUUCUCUGUCUUAUGAUCUGCCCACGAGAUUUUGUUUCUCUGCCAACAUUAUUAUCAUGUUGGUACGUUUGUUUUAGGUACAAUAUUUCUUAGAGUCUUGUAGUCUUGUUAGAGAUGUAGAAAAUGUAAAGAACUUCUAAUACUUUUUUAUUUUUAUCGCUAAUUUUAUUUUACGUAAUAUUGGACUAAAA